UGCCUCUCAGCCUCUCCCAAGAGCUUCUGAGAUCUCUCCAUCAUGCAGAUGGUGGCCAGGUUCGUUGCAGUGCUUCUGCUGACGUGGAGUAUGCGUGCGGCUGCCCUGCCGGGAGAAGAUAACUUUUCUGCACAGAGCAGCAGGGAGCAAUUCAAAGCUCGGAAGGCUCUUCUGAAAAUGCUACAAGGGCUCCUGAACAUAGUAGAUGAAGAUCGUGACGCAGGGGCUUUUUCUGACUUCGAGAACCCUCUGGAAAGAAAAUUGGAGGAAGAGCCCUUGAUGCUGGGGCAGGUGUUGCACACCACCCAGCGGGAUCGCAAAGCUCCGUGUAAAAACUUCUUUUGGAAAACGUUCACUGCCUGCUAACAAACCAUCCGCCACCUUUCUGGCUUCUGGAGCUGUCCUGCUGCGUAUGAUUGCCAAUGGGCCAGAAAGAAGAAAAAGACAAAUCACAGGCCUGCCGGCGUUGCUCCUGUCCCUUCCAGCUGAGUUUUGAUCUGCAGAAAGUGGGGAGGGGGCUUCCCCAUCCCAUUUCGCGACAUAAGUAAGUCCACGUGUAUUUGCAAAGCGCUGCAGAUCCAACGGAAUCGCUGAAGGGACUGCGGCAAAGGACUGGUUCGGUUGUUGCUAAUCACUUCCCAUCCGUGGUCUGGCUAAACUGUGGCAAACUCUUGUUGCCCUUCUGUGGUGUCGCACCUCCUUCUCUUUUCGUUUUUCUCCUUUUCCUCAUCAAAGAACUGAGCUCAAACUUUGAUUUCAUGAUGAUUUCACUGACAAAUAAAGCAUGGCCUGAGGACCUUGGGACGCACAGUC